AUGACUUUUUAUUUCAGAGUAUUUUAUUGCAAAAAAUCUUUUGAGCAAAAAUUCGUCGAUUAUUUAGGUCCUAAUUAUUAUAAUUCGAUGCCUUUACAGGAACCAGAUUUAGAAUGUAAAAAUAUCUGGUUGAAAUUAGGAUUAGCAGAAAAUCAUAUUAUUCCUGGCAAUAUGAAAGACAAUUUUUGGGAAAUGGGUGAAACUGGACCUUGUGGUCCUUGUUCAGAAAUACAUUAUGAUCGUAUUGGUAAUCGAUUAGCUGCUGAUUUAGUCAAUCAAGAUGAUCCAGAUGUUUUAUAA